AUGGAGUACUACGUUAACACUUUCUUUCUCCUCUCCAUGGUCACCAUUCUACUCUCCCAUUCGCCACAACCCAUCAUCGCAGCCGACGACAACAAACAAAAAGGUGGCCACCACAUAGGCCACAAGCUUAUCUCGAAGGUGUGCCAGAAUGCAGCCCAUAAAGAUUUCUGCAAUUCAAUGCUUCAAUCCGAUCCCAACAUCCACAACGCCAACCUACCUGGCUUAGGGCUCAUUGCUCUCCGGCAAGCGGCGUCUAACGCUUCUGAUGUCUCUGAGUACGUGAAGACCUUGUUAAACGAUGCCAACGUCGACCCUGAAGUCCAGGACGGCGCCUCGGAUUGCCUCGAAUUCUACAUCGACGCGGCCGAGCAGCUCGAAGAUUCCGUCACCGCUCAGGUAGCCAAAGCCUAUAAAGACGUCGAAACUUGGGUCAACGUCGCCAUCAGUGAUUCCAAAUCAUGUGACGCCUCACUUACUGGAUAUGAGUCUGUGUUGGGCGGGAAGAGCGAAAUUGUGGUUUUGAUUAGAUUUGGAGCUAGUGCUUUUGAGAUCUCUAGAGAUAUAGCUAUUGAAGCCAACGAAGUUCUUAUUGCCACAAGGAGUCCUGAUGUGAAAGUGGGAAAGUUGGAAAACCACAACAUUAUAUUGCAGCAUAUGAUGAUCAUGUUUGUGAAGAUGGUAAAGUUGCUUUUCAAGAUGGAUCCUCAGUUUGUGCUGAUACCAUUUUCUAUCGUACUGGGUGAACUUCAAAUAACUUAUUUUUAUUUAUAUUUGAAACAAUCUCUUGUAGUUUCUUCACGCUUGAAAGCGGUUAUAGACAAAACCAAGUUCAAAUAUCAUUAUCCAUUUCUUGAAACAAAUGGAAUUGUAACUGUUGACGAAAAUGGUGUUGGACCCUUACAUAGUCUUGCCUUUCCUCCAAGCUUGGCUCUGGGACUCACCUUUAUUGGUAUACCUGUAAAGAGAAAAUGGAAUCAAAUGUGUCGCGGACAAAGUUCGUGUAAUGCUACAACAAAGUUUCAGUGGACAAGGACAGUUCUCUGA